UUGUGGGAGAGCGUUGGGAAGUGUAGAGCCGAGAACAGUUUUUAUAACCAGCGUGACUUUAUUUCCCAGAUUGCACCGCGCACCGUGAUGUUCCCAACAGCUGACAGUCGGUGAAGCCUCUGCCAGAGCUGUCCGUGGAAGCUCGUGAAGCCCUCUCGUCGGAAGCCCACAUAGACUGGACACACGAGCCGAAUGUUUGCGGAAUUAAGACCGCCUAACGAGAACAUAGUUUUUGGGGAACAUUUUUUUAAGUUUCCUUUCUUUUUUUUUUUGAUAUUCCAGCAUUGGCAGCCGGGGACAAUUGCUGUCAGCUAACUUCCACCAUAGGUCGCUGCGUCGCUGGACUGCCGCUUUAUGUUUUAUUCGAGCUCAGCGGUUUGACUCCAGCCCUUCCCUCUCCAGCCGUGCCCCAAUGCUGAGGAAUGGAUAGCGUGUCUGCUAACGGUGGGAAGAUGGUCGAGAGUGAUGAGCAGCAGCCGGAGAGGCACAGCGGCGGUGGCGCAGCGAUGGCCGCGCUCCAUCAGUGCGAGCUCAUCCAGAAUAUGAUUGAUAUCUCCAUCUCCAGUUUACAGGGGCUACGGACCAAAUGCGCCGCGUCCAACGACCUCACGCAGCAAGAAAUACGCACUUUAGAGGUAAAGCUGAUGAAAUACAUCUGUAAACAGCUGCAGUGUAAAAGGAAGGUCCCAGACACAGAGAGGCCUGAGGCCCUGGACAGCUACCCACGCUUACGAGACUGGCUGCGCACCGUCAACCUGCGACCAGAGCUCAUCCAGGCGGUAGAGACAAAGUUGUCCUUGGACACAUUACUGCAGAUGACUGGAGCCCAGGUGAGAGAUGCAAUGAGAAGACUGGGGUCCAGUUCAGAAGAAUGUGCUAGACUUGGUGCUGCCCUCUCCUGUCUAAAGAGUGCCACUGAAUCAGGAGGCGAAAUGAAAGAGGAUAGUGUUUCCUGGCUGCCUGAGCCCACCAGGAGGGACAGUGGCUCUCUACUAACGGCAGACCAGCUGUCUUUCCUGGGAACUCCCCUCCGCCCCCACAGUCCAUCGCCUCUAGCCCGCCCCUCCACCAUCCAGUCCACGCCAUCCACCCCCUCUGCUACCUUCCAUCAUCCCCGUUCUGGUUCUGUUUCAGCAGCACCCACACCAGAUGGGCUGGGAUCAUACGCCCAUGGCGACAGUCUCCUCACAGAUCUGUUCCCCAUGCCUCGGCCACGCACAACCCGCCUCCACGGGCACACCUCCACCCCGCCUGUAACCCCACCCUCAAAUAGGCGGCAAAAACUGAAGCCCCCUUGCACUCCUCCGCCUCCGUCCCGCAAGGUUCUGCAUCUGCUCCCCAACAUCACUCUGACACGCAGCAAAAGCCACGAGUCCCAGCUGGGCAACCGCAUCGAGGAUCCCCCCAACAACAAGUGUGGUAAAAAGAACAAAUUAUUGCUGAAUAUGCAAGUGAAUGGGAAUGGAUGUGAGGACUCGCCUUCUCGGUAUCCAGUCAAGCCCGCACGGACCCCUGGAGUGACGCCAGCUCCCAACACCGCACCUUACACCCUGCCAGGGACACCCACGCUAAUUGAGGAGCACAGCAUAAUUAAAAAUAAUGUAGCGUUGCACCGCAGCUCCCCAAAAGCAGUCAGGAGGGACAUCGGUCUAGCCGUCACGCACAGGUUUUCAACCAAGUCCUGGUUAUCCCAGACAUGUCAAGUGUGUCAGAAGAACAUGAUGUUUGGUGUUAAAUGCAAACACUGUCGAUUAAAGUGCCAUAACAAAUGCACAAAGGAGGCUCCAUCCUGCAGAAUCUCUUUUCUACCAAUUGCCAAAAUUAGGAGGACCGAGUCAGUUCCUUCUGAUAUAAACAACCCUGUGGACCGACCACAGGAAGCUCCUCAGUUUGGUACAUUACCAAAGGCCAUUACAAAAAAGGAUCAUCCUCCUGUCAUGAACCAGCUGGACUCGAGCAGCAACCCAUCCUCCACCACUUCAUCCACUCCUUCCUCCCCUGCUCCCUUCCAGCAGAGCAAUCCUCCGAGUGCCACGCCACCACCUAACCCUUCGCCCAAAGGACACAGAGACAACCGAUUUAACUUUCCAGCUGCGUAUUAUUUUCAGCAUAGGCAGCAGUUUAUCUUCCCCGAUGUUUGCAGUCCUACAAAUGUGUACUCUGAUGUCCUCCAAGACACAGUCAGUGAGGUAGAACAGUCAGCAGAUGACACACACAAUGAGCUGGUUGAGGAUGAAGAUGAAGAGGAAGGGGAUGAGAACAUUGAGGAUGAAGAUCCUGAAGCGGAGGAGGAGAAUGAAGAGGACGACAGAGGUGACCACGGAGGGGAAUACGAGGAGGACAGGGAGGAAAUGAUGGGGAACAUCGGCUCAGACGGUGAGUGCGACGAGCUGGAUGAUCUGCCAUGCUCUCGUGGAAACCAAUGGAAGGGCCCCAUAUCCCGCAAGCCCAGCCAGACGAGCGUGUACCUGCAGGAGUGGGACAUUCCUUUUGAGCAGCUGGAUCUCGGAGAACUCAUCGGAAAGGGUCGCUGGGGUCGAGUGCACAAGGGUCGGUGGCACGGCGAGGUCGCUAUCAGACUUCUUGAGAUUGAUGGAAACAAUCAGGAUCAUCUGAAACUCUUUAAGAAGGAGGUGAUGAACUACAGACAGACCAGACACGAGAAUGUAGUCCUCUUCAUGGGGGCUUGCAUGGCUCCACCCCACUUAGCCAUCAUCACCAGUUUUUGUAAAGGAAGGACGCUGUACUCAGUUGUUCGGGACACCAAAAAUAAUUUGGAUAUCAAUAAAACGAGGCAAAUCGCUCAGGAGAUUGUAAAGGGAAUGGGCUAUCUUCACGCCAAAGGCAUCGUUCACAAAGACCUGAAGUCCAAGAAUGUUUUCCACGACACCAACAAAGUCGUGAUCACGGAUUUUGGCUUGUUUGGGAUUUCUGGAGUCGUUCAGGAGGGGAGGCGUGAGAAUAAACUCAGACUUCCGCACGGUUGGAUUUGUUACCUCGCGCCGGAGAUUGUGCGUAAAAUGUGUCCAGGCAACAAUGAGGAUCGCCUUCCCUUUUCAACAGCAGCGGACGUGUAUGCCUUUGGAACAAUUUGGUAUGAGCUUCAAGCUAGAGACUGGCCAAUCACUAACCAGCCUGUUGAAGCCACCAUCUGGCAGGUGGGGAGUGGCGAGGGCAUAAAGAAGGUUUUGGGGGCGAUCAGCCUGGGCAAGGAGGUCACAGAGAUCCUCUCUGCCUGCUGGGCGUUUGACCCGAGAGACAGGCCGACCUUCACUCAGCUGACUGACAUGCUGGAGAAGCUGCCCAAACUCAACCGCAGGCUGUCGCACCCAGGACACUUCUGGAAGUCUGCAGAGUUGUAGCAGCCACUCUGAAACAUAAGCAAUGCAAAACAAAGCCUGGUUCUGCCUUGCAUGCUCCUGGAUCCCUAACUGUGACAGGGUUGAUCAAAGCAUUGCCUCUGCCUGAAACGGGCACCACUUCCACUAAUCCCCAGUCCAAUCUUCCGUGUCUAACCGUUGGCAUAUUUUUUGUUUGGAAGAGCGGAUCGAGGGACUGAAAUAAAUGAAAGAUACAGAGCCCUUUUUUGCUUUUCCCUUUUGACACAUCUUUAAAAUCUCUUUGCCUUCUUCUUCUUUUUUUUUUUUGCUUGAUUCUAAAACAUCUGCUGGGCUUGUGAGUAACUGGCUUGUGGCGUCUGUGAGACUGACUGACUGACUGACUGUGCCUGCUGAUGGCUGCUCACCUUCUCUGUGCUGCUAUGAUGUGGCUGUUCUUGCUGGGAUCCUGACAAUGGCACUUUUUCCUCCUCCUCCUCUCUGAAAACACACGAAGCAAAAGGCGCUGCUGGACAUAAAACGGACCCAAUCACUGAACGGACAACUUCAUAUAUCUCUGUUUUUUUCCCCCCCUGAGGGCUCGACACAUGUCGGACAGGCUGCAUGAGUGAUGCUCUCAAACCAGCUGCCUUCCGCCUCUACUCCCUCGCUGUUCUUUAUGGCUAGUGUGACGGCAUGUUGUUCACUUACCCCAUGCCCAGACAAUAUGCACUUUUGUCAAAAAGGAGAAAAAACAACUUCUUUUUGGGCUAUAUUUUAGUUUAGUUUUUUGUUUUUUUUUUCUUUUGCAUGGUGAUUUUCACUGUGUUUUUACAGUUUCUUUCCGGUGAGUCUCGAGGACUGACCAGUGUGAUGUGCUCACUUGUACGUCGUCUUUUUUUUUUUAAAGUACAAUCUGCUAAAUCUCUGUUCAUGGGACGCAUUUGAAAACAAAAACAGGUCGGUGAGAGGUGUGUGUGUGUGUGUGUGUGUGUUUCUGUGUGUGCUUUACACAGUAAAAUGCAAGCGGGUCAAAACUACACAGGCAUAAAAUGUGAUAUCUAUUUGGUUGAAGUGCAUCAAUCAGGAAUCUGAAGCGAACGUGUCCAAAAUCCUCCCAUAAACAUUACCUCCUUGGUGCGCUUGUGUACACUGUUCUGUGACUCCUGGCUUCAGUUGGGUUGUUGGUAUUUAUGUGUUUGUUUUUCGUUUUUUAUCUUGUUGGUGCACGUGCAACUGGGUGAGCGUUCAUCUGUUUGCUUUUUGGAGGGUUUUGUUAAAGAUUGCAGUACCUGUGUUCCAAAUCCAGUAGUAUGUAAUGUAUAUAAAUUAAUAUAACACAAAUUAACACAGUUCUUCUAAAAUUUGUAAAAAAAAAAAAAAAGAAUAGAUAAUUAAAUAAAUAAAAAAAAACUUUUAUAUGUAAGAUACUUCAACGUUUUUUUGAUUAGGUACUGCUCUGGCUAUUACAGAUGUGUAAAUAUAUAUUUAUAUUUUUUCAUGUAUAGAACACUGUAAAAUGACUGUACAUGUUUUUUUAAGGAUGGGCCAAUUCAUGUUUUUUAUGUUAUUGUAAAGAUCCAUAUUUUUGUAUUGCAUGUGACUACCAUUUCUGUACACAGUUUCUGUUUCCAUCCAUGGAAGACAAUAAAAUGGGCUUGUCAUGUAGUAAGUUAA